AUGGCCGAUUUUGAAGGACCAGAAACAUAUUCGACGAUGGCUAUGUCUGACCAACUACCUGCAUCACUACGCUAUGGACAUCGCGACAGUGAUUCAUCGGUUGUCACAGAUAUUGAAGAAGCAUGCCACGUGGCUGUUGCACCACGAUGCCGCGGAGCAGGAGCGCGUCGUGAGUACCAAUCGCGGCAGAUAAAUCCAGCCAAGAAAGCUCAUCCCAUUUAUGACAUUGAGUUACUUGAAAUGCGUAAAGUUCUCGUGAAUUUUUGCGAUUGUUUUUUUUGCUUGGAGCAGACAUUUUGUCAUCUACAUAGACCAAGCGUCUUUGCGUACCGCCACAAAAGAGUACGCAUCUCAGUAAGCUUAUGGCGCGCUGGUUGUCAUUCCUUGCCGAGUACACCUUCGCCGUGCAAUGCAAGCCGGGAUCGACCAACAUCAUUGCCGAUGCGUUGUCGAGGCGUCCUGAUUACGAUUAUCCAGCAGAAGCACCAGUUUUGCCGCCCCAGAGACGGAUGA